GGCGGAGACACGUUACGCGUCUACACUCAACGGAGCUCAAAACCGGUUUUUGGUGCUUUUCUACCAAACUUUAACUUUUCUGUAACACUUGUAUCAAGAAAGAAGACAAAAUGCGCGAGUGCAUCUCCAUCCACGUGGGACAGGCCGGAGUACAAAUUGGCAAUGCAUGCUGGGAAUUGUAUUGCCUGGAGCAUGGCAUCCAGCCUGAUGGCAACAUGCCAAGUGAUAAGACCAUUGGUAAAAGUGAUGAUUCCUUCAACACUUUCUUCAGUGAGACCGGCUCUGGGAAGCAUGUGCCGCGAGCGGUGUUUGUGGAUCUGGAGCCUGCAGUCAUUGAUGAGGUUAGAUCCGGAACCUACAGGCAGUUGUUUCAUCCGGAGCAGCUCAUCUCUGGGAAGGAAGACGCAGCCAACAAUUAUGCCCGAGGCCAUUACACUGUUGGAAAAGAGAUUAUUGAUAUGGUUCUGGAGCGUGUCCGCAAACUGACUGACCAGUGCACAGGUCUCCAAGGUUUCCUGAUUUUCCACAGUUUUGGUGGUGGCACUGGCUCUGGUUUCACAUCCCUGCUGAUGGAGCGUCUCUCUGUCGACUAUGGAAAGAAGUCCAAGCUGGAGUUUGCCAUCUACCCCGCUCCUCAAGUCUCCACUGCUGUGGUCGAACCUUACAACUCUAUCCUAACCACCCACACCACCUUGGAGCACUCUGACUGUGCUUUCAUGGUGGAUAACGAGGCCAUCUACGAUAUCUGUCGCAGAAACCUCGACAUUGAGCGACCAAGCUACACCAACCUCAACCGUCUCAUUGGUCAGAUCGUGUCCUCCAUUACUGCUUCACUGCGCUUCGAUGGGGCCCUGAACGUCGAUCUGACUGAGUUCCAGACCAAUUUGGUGCCCUAUCCCAGAAUCCACUUCCCUCUAGUCACAUACUCUCCCAUCAUCUCUGCUGAGAAGGCCUACCACGAGCAGCUGUCUGUGUCUGAGAUCACCAGCGCCUGCUUUGAGCCUUCCAAUCAGAUGGUGAAGUGUGAUCCUCGCCAUGGCAAGUACAUGGCCUGCUGUAUGCUGUAUCGUGGUGAUGUCGUACCCAAAGAUGUGAAUGCUGCCAUUGCCAACAUUAAGACCAAACGCUCCAUUCAGUUUGUGGACUGGUGUCCAACUGGAUUCAAGGUCGGCAUCAACUACCAGCCACCAACUGUGGUUCCUGGUGGAGACUUGGCCAAGGUACAGAGAGCCGUGUGCAUGUUGAGCAACACCACGGCUAUUGCUGAGGCCUGGGCUCGUCUGGACCACAAGUUCGAUCUGAUGUAUGCCAAGCGCGCCUUUGUACACUGGUAUGUUGGUGAAGGUAUGGAAGAAGGAGAGUUCUCUGAGGCCAGAGAGGAUCUUGCCGCACUGGAGAAAGAUUACGAGGAGGUUGGCGCAGACUCUACGGAGGAUGGAGAGGAAGGAGAGGAGUAUUAAAGAUGCUUCAAAAAGCUGAUCUGAGACCAGUUUUAAACCCUGGCCAGGAGUCAGAAGAGAAACUGGUCCAACUCCAGCACUUCUAAUUAGUGUUUACCUCUCCAUUGCCAAGCUGCCUUAUGAAUCCCAGUAAUGGGAAACAAUGCCCUGGUGUGUGUGAUUUAUACAUGUUCUGUUGUGUCCGGUUUCAUUCUUUUUCUAUACCACUUUUCUGUCUGAGUUCAAAGAAACUGUUGCCAAAGGCAUUUUCUGUCUGUGAAAGCACUUUGUUUUGUAAGCUGUCUUUGUCUCUCACACAUGGUGUAAGUGAUCAAUGCAGUUUCAGAAUAAAUUGUCAAAUGUG